AUGCCUUUUGCACCAAUAAAGGAUGGCGAAUUUACGAGCACAAUUUAUGGAAUGAUCAAAGAAGGUCGUUAUGAAAGCGCAAUUCGAUCAUUACAAUAUGAAUUACAACGGAUGCCAAAUAGUCGAGCGGCAUUAUCAUUGCUUGGUUAUUGUUAUUUCUAUUUGCAACAAUUCAUGGAAGCAGCGGAAUGUUACGAGCAACUUGUCCAGUUAUAUUCAUCCUAUCCGGAAUAUCGACUUUACUGGGCUCAAUCACUCUACAAUGCUUUCAUGUUUCCGGAAGCUACUGCUGUUAUCUCACAAAUUGAUGAGCCACAGCUUGCCCAACAAGUGCUAAAAUUAGAAUCAGCAAUCAAAUAUCGUGAAGACGAUAUAACAAACGCACGAGCACUCGUUGAAAAAUAUGCAACGGAUGAUCCGGAUAGUGAUAUCAACUUGGCAUGCCUUGAAUAUAAGGAAGGAAAUUAUGAAAAAGCGCUUGAACGUUUUACAGCCGCUACACAUCUUCAUGGUUAUCAGCCGUGUUUAGCUUAUUCAAUAGCUUUAUGCCAUUAUCAAAUGCAAAAUUAUUCGCAAGCAUUAAAAUUCAUUACUGAUAUCAUUGAUCGAGGUGUACAAGAUCAUCCAGAAUUAUCAAUUGGCAUGGCAACGGAAGGUAUGGAAGUGAGUUCAGUUGGCAAUACACGUCUUCUGCAUGAGACAUCUUUGGUUGAAGCAUGCAAUUUGAAAGCAGCAAUUGAGUACAAUUUAAAAAAUUUAUCAGCAGCUUCUGAAGCAUUAACAGAUAUGCCACCAAGACUGGAAGAGGAACUCGAUCCGGUCACUUUACAUAAUCAAGCAUUAAUUAAUAUGGAUACCAAUCCAUCUGACGGUUUUGCAAAAUUACAAUAUCUUCUGACUCAAAAUCCAUUUCCACCGGAAACAUUCAGUAAUUUGCUUCUUCUAUACUGCAAAUUCGAGUAUUAUGAUUUGGCAGCUGAUGUUCUGGCCGAAAAUGCUCAUUUAACAUACAAAUAUCUUACACAGUAUUUGUAUGAUUAUCUCGACGCAGUAAUCACACAACAAACAGCACCGAUGGAUGCGUAUAAUAAAUUUGAAGCAAUUGGCAACGAACAAAUUAAUGAAUUACGCAAAUUGACCAAACGUAUAAAUGAAAUUCGUCAUGGAAACGAUGAGUUGGCUCUUCAAAAAGCUGUCAAAGCAUAUGAUGACACAAUGGCUAAGUAUAUGCCAGUAUUGAUGUCACAGACGAAAAUUUAUUGGGAUAUGAAUGAUUACGCACAGGUGGAAAAAAUUUUCCGAAAAUCAGUGGAAUUUUGCAGUGAAAAUGAUGUAUGGAAAUUAAAUGUAGCGCAUACUUUAUUCAUGCAGAUGCUUAGCGUAACAGCAAUAAUUUUGGCAAAUCUCAGUGUUUGUUAUAUUAUGACUAAUCAAAAUGAAGAGGCUGAAGAAUUGAUGAAGAAAGUUGAAAAUGAAGAAGAAACAAGUGCGGCAACUUCAGAUAAAACAAAAUUCUUCCACUUAUGUAUUAUAAAUCUCGUUAUUGGUACACUUUAUUGUUCGAAAGGUAAUUAUGAAUUUGGUAUUUCACGAGUGAUUAAAGCUAUGGAACCAUAUGAUAAGAAACUUGGGACAGAUACAUGGUUCUACAGUAAACGUUGCAUGAUUUCAUUGAUCGAAAAUUUAGCGAAACAUGUUAUCAGUGUUCGAGAUUCUGUGCUACAGGAAUGUCUUCAAUUUUUAGAACAGUGUGAAAUUCAUGGAAAAAAUAUUCCAACAACAAUAGCCGAUCCAUUAAUAAUGGAUGAAUUAAAAGUUGAAAAUAUAAAGAAUACGGUAACUUAUGAAGCUCGAUUAUUACGAGCAUUACUUUUAGAGGUAAUGAAUAACUGA